AUGCCGAAACAUCAGACAAAUGACAUGCCUUGGGACAUCUACCAUCAAAUCACAGAGGAUGAUUGGAAAACAUUUGUGAUGGAACGAAACAAGCCGGAGAUGUUGGUUCGUAGAGAAAAAGUAAGUAAAAGUGCAUUACAAAACAAGCACCCACAUCGCACAGGCCAAAAGGGUUAUGUUAGAAAGAGACCAGAGUGGAUAAAUGAUGGGCGACUACCGCCAGAGGCAGCUUUGACCCUCUCAAGUGGCUCCUCCUCAGUGACCUCAUCACUCACCACAGCGCCAGAUAGAUUUAAGAAGUUUAGAUCAGUAGAGUGGAUCUUGGCUCAUCAAGUUAAAAACAAAGAGGGAAAGUGGGAAUUUGACCCGAAUGAUAAAGAAGCCGUAAAUAUUGCUAAGAUGGCUUUGGAGUACAUAGAAGAAGAGGGAAAAGGAAAUAUUUCAUUCACCCAGGGAGAAGAUGCCCUCACCAAGGCUAUGGGAAAAAAGGAUCACCGUGGGCGUGUCAAGGCAACAGGUGGAGUUAAUGUCGGUUACAAAGUUGCUUUCGGUCCAAUAGACCGAAGUAGUAGAUGUGGCCAUAUUGAACCAUCACCGGAGGCUAUCGAAUCAAUCAGAGCUUCGGUGAGAAGGGAGUUUGAAGAUCAAUUAGAGAGAAAGGUGGCGGAGGCCCUCCAAAACCAACUAGCCACAUUGAAAGCAACCGGUCAACUAUACACCCUCUCUACCCCCGCACUUGAUUCUGCUCUUGUAAGUGAUGAGUUUGAUGUUAACCGUGCACUCGUAACCUGUUGUCCGAGUUCAUCGCAGCAACCACGCGAGCUGAAGGCCAUAACUCCAUGUCGUCUUGCCCUUGAGGAUAAAGUUUUGGGUAACAAAGUGAUAGUGGCAGAUGGUAUGGCGUACCCAUUGGAUGGUUCGUUGCACCAACACUUUAGAUCGAUGAAGCCUAGUCAUUAUAAGGUCCAAGUUGAUUGUAUUCACGACGGACAUGAUGAUGACACUCUUCCGGUACCUACUGGAGAUGGAUUCAAUAACUUAGGCAGGGCUCUUGCUAGUUUUGUGCAAUGGCCAAUUCACUUGGUGAUUUUCGAAGAAGACGAGGAGUACUCUACUCCACGCCCAACAAAGAAGUCCAGGAGUCAGAUUUUUGAAGAGGUGGUUGGUAGCUCCAAAGAGAAGAAAAACGAAUUAAUUGUCAAAGAGAAGACAACAGAAUUAGUUGUCAAAGAUAAGACAACAGAAUUAAUUGUCAAAGAGAAGGCAACACUUGAUUUAGGCUCCAAAGAGAAGACAAAACUGAAGUUAACAGCCAAGGUAAACCAUAUGCUUCCCACUCCCCUGUGCUUCAACACUGAAAUCAAAACUGAACUUUUCAUGCUAGCUUAA